AUGGGUGAUAAUCCGGAACAGAAUGUUGAGCCAUCAGCUUCAAGCGGAGGUGGUGAUGGUUCUGACGAUGUUCGCUCAGAAAAGACUCAAGAAAUCGUUAAGGACGUCAUGCAGAAGGCUGCCCUCCUGGUACGUGCAGCAACUGAACUGCCGAGACGUGGCGAUGACUUUGAGCUCUGCAAUUCAUUCAGCGCUUUUACUGCUUUUAUGGAGCAGCAAGAAACAAGGCUACGCCUGAUGCUGACCAGUCUUAUGCGCAAUACUGGUUGCCCAACAAGAAUGCCAAAGUUGAACUGUGAUGUUGAGGAGUACUUAGAAAGAGUUGCUAUGGUUGAUGACCAUGUCGUAGAGAGAGCGGGGAUCGUUAUGGACGAGUUGGAUCGCGGCGGUCGUGAUGACGUUGAGGUGCCGAAGACCAUAAUCGGAGCAGAAUCUACAAAACGAAGAAAAGCUGAAGCAGAGGCAAGGUUCCAAGAACGAAUACAUGCUUCUGACCCUGGUUCCGCUAUUGCAGAACAGUUGCGAUUAGCUCACGAAGAGCUCAAAGCUUCGAAAGUAGCUAACGUCAAGGUGAAGCCACAAAAGGAAUACGGUUUCGAAGGAUCGAUCGAUAAUUCAACAAACCCCUUCAUUCCUAAGCUGAAAACCAAGCACAAUGCUCUACCAAGGAAGGAGGCUUCUGGAAUGGUUAUUGUUGAUGAACAAUCUGCUACUAGUGGAAUGCAGAGUGAUCUAUCGUCUAACUAUGAGUCAGACGUUCCACAUCCAUACCAACAGGAAAUUCAGAACUUUGUGGUGCCCAGCGGUCAGAUGGAAUCAAAGGAACCUAUAGUAAGUCUUUGA